GCAGGGAGCAGGAUGGCGGCCCCGGACAGUGACAGCGAGGAGGACUUGGUCAGCUAUGGGACAGGUUUGGAGCCACUGGAAGAAGGUGAGAGACCAAAGAAACCAACUCCUCUUCAGGAUCAGACUGUCAGAGAUGAAAAAGGAAGGUAUAAGCGGUUUCAUGGAGCCUUCAGUGGAGGGUUUUCUGCUGGGUACUUCAACACGGUCGGCUCAAAAGAAGGAUGGACACCCUCUUCCUUUGUGUCUUCACGACAGAACAGAGCAGACAAAUCUGUUCUUGGUCCGGAAGAUUUUAUGGAUGAAGAGGAUCUUAGUGAAUUUGGGAUCGCACCUAAAGCAAUUGUUACCACAGAUGAUUUUGCUUCCAAAACCAAAGAUAGAAUACGAGAUAAGGCCAGGCAGUUAGCAGCUGCUACUGCCCCUAUUCCUGGAGCCACUCUGCUUGAUGACUUCAUAACGCCAGCAACAUUAUCUGUUGGUUUUGAAUUGCUGAGAAAAAUGGGUUGGAAAGAAGGACAAGGAAUUGGUCCUCGAGUAAAGAGAAGACCACGCCGACAAAAACCUGAUCCUGGAGUGAAAAUCUAUGGCUGUGCAUUACCUCCUGGAGGCUCAGAAGGAUCUGAGGAUGAGGAUGAUGACUACCUGCUAGAAAAUGUGACCUUUGCACCCAAGGACGUCAUGCCCGUGGAUUUCACACCUAAAGAUAAUGUACAUGGACUGGCUUACAAGGGUCUGGAUCCCCACCAGGCGUUGUUUGGAGCUUCAGGAGAACAUCUUAAUCUUUUCAGUGGGAGACCCGAGGGAGCCAGCAAUCUUCUUGGAGAUAUUGGAGUGAAUAAAGGGAGAAAGUUGGGAAUUUCAGGCCAGGCUUUUGGUGUUGGUGCCCUGGAAGAGGAAGAUGAUGAUAUCUAUGCCACGGAAACUCUAUCCAAGUAUGACACCAUUUUGAAGGACGAGGAGCCUGGAGAUGGACUCUAUGGCUGGACAGCGCCCAAGCAAUAUCAAAGUCAGAAAGAAUCAGAAAAAGAUCUUCGCUACAUUGGCAAAAUACUGGAUGGAUUUUCCUUGGCUUCUAAAUCUUUGUCUUCUAAGAAAAUUUAUCCACCACCUGAAUUGCCAAGAGACUAUCGACCGGUGCAUUAUUUCAGACCUGUGGUAGCUGCAACCUCAGAGAAUUCCCACUUACUUCAAGUGUUAUCAGAAUCAGCUGGAAAGUCAAUACAUGACCCAGGGACACAGAGUAGACACCAACUGAAUGCCUCCAAGCGGGGAGAGUUGCUAGGAGAAACACCUAUUCAAGGUUCAGCUACUUCAGUGUUAGAAUUUCUGUCCCAAAAAGAUAAAGAGAGAUUCAAAGAAAUGAAGCAGGCAACUGACCUGAAAGCAGCUCAGCUCAGGGCCCUGAGUCUGGCCCAGAAUGCCGCAAGCAGCAGAACCCAGCCCCCCUCUCAGGACGUCGGACACGGCUCUUGGCACACGGCAUUGAGUGGUGGGACAGCCACCACAAAAGCCAGCAACUUCAAACCUUUCGCCAAAGAUCCAGAAAAGCAAAAACGAUAUGAAAAGUUUUUAGCAAAUAUGAAACGGGGUCAGAAAGGUGGGUGCGAGGCCUGGCCUCCCGUGUCUCAGCCAGUGGCAGUGAUCUUGGUGUUCUGCCCUAGUCCCAGAUUUAAAGUUGAGGCACCCUGCUCUGCCCGUGUGCUUCGUUCUGCGGUAAACAGUGCGAAUGAUGUCAAUGACAAGCAGUCGGCUGUGAAGAUGAAGAUGUUUGGGAAGCUCACCCGAGACACAUUUGAAUGGCAUCCUGACAAGCUUCUAUGUAAGAGGUUUAAUGUCCCUGACCCUUAUCCAGAUUCAACUUUAGUUGGCUUACCAAGAGUGAAACGUGACAAAUACUCAGUCUUCAACUUUCUGACACUCCCAGAGACAGCUUCCUUGCCUACAACUCAAGCCUCAAGUGAAAAAGUACCGCAGCACCGAGGUCCCGACAAAUCAAAAAAAACAUCCAGAUGGGAUACAUCUAAACAAGAAAAGAAAGAAGAUUCCAUUAGUGAAUUCUUAAGUUUGGCUAGAUCAAAAGUUGGUCCACUUGAACAAGAGUCCAGUCCAUUAGUAAACAAAGAGGAAGUGCAUGUGAAGGAAUCACUCUCAAAUAAGCUGGUAAACAAAGAUGUGGAUUCACAGACUGAAGGGGGAGAGAGCCGCCCAUCCAUGGACUUAUUCAAGGCCAUCUUUGCCAGCUCCUCUGAAGAAAAGUCCUCAUCCUCUGAGGAUGAGCAGGGCGACAGCGAGGAUGAUCAGGAGGGUCCCGGGGAGGCUGACUUCAAAGGUUCCCAGGAGGAGCUGUCGUCUGUGGCACCCACUAGUGAGCCGGCCCCCCAGGAGCCCGCGCCUUCCUUCGUGAUACAGAAGAUGCAGAUAGACGAAAGAGAAGAGUUCGGCCCUCGGCUGCCUCCUGUCUUCUGCCCCAAUGCUCGUCAGAAACUUGAGGCUCCUCAAAAAGAGAAACAUAAAAAGAACAAAGAAAAACACAAGACCAAGAAAGAGCACAGACGGAAGAAAGAGAAGAAAAAGAAACAUCGGAAGCACAAACACAAAGGCAAGCAAAAGAAUAAGAAGUCAGAAAAAAGUAGUAGUUCUGAGAGUGCUGACAGCAGUGACAGCCAGAGUGAAGAAGACACCGCAGACAUGUCACCCCAGGAACUGCUAAAACGGUUAAAACAUCUUCCCCUAAGGAGGCAGUAGUUGAAUUCUGCCCUGGCCUGUUCCGAAACCAGAUCUCCUCCAUGAUGGAAGUCCAUUGAUUGCUCAGUUAAUACAUUGUACAGAUUGUAUUUAUAUGUAAAUUCAUGCUGUAAAAUAAUUUUUAAAACCUUGACAUUUCAAAGGCUGCCUUGGAAGGUCACAGAAAUUGGCUUCUAUUUUUAACUUCAGUUAGUGUCAAGGAAAAAAUUCAGACUGUACAGUUUAAUUAAAAUGGAUUUUUCUAUUUC